ACAGCUUAGAAUACAAGACUCUAUUGACAGUGGCAUGGGCACCUCGUCUACGCUUUCGACAAAAAUUAGUGGAUAUUCUAAGCUUCAGUCAACGAAUUUAAUUCGCGUUCCUAGUCUAGACACUCUUAAUUCUUGCGAUUUUAGUUCUGAUGACCAUGUUGGUAGAAGAGAUUAUGGGAAUCGUCAUCCUCCGUCACCUCCAGUGCGACUUAAAUCGAGUCCGCACGAAGUGUCUUCUAACUAUAGCAAUGCUAUCUGUCAAUUAAAAAACAGAUUUUCUCCACUUCCAUCUAUAAAUGAUAUUUAUAAAUCUCACGGCAACGAAGAGUUAAAAGAAAUACAGUACGGGCAACCAUCAAGUAACGAAGCCAAUCGUUUUGAAGAGAGAUGCACAGAAAAUCUUGUAGAUGAGCAUUUUCUGGAUGGGCCUGCAAGAGAAAUGUUCAAUGGAGAACUGGAUGCAAAAUUAUGUAAUGGGUAG